AUGUGCGACGCCGACCCGGCGCGGGCCGUACGGCGCCGGCUCGUCCUGGCUGCCGAGGCUGGCCUUGCGGCCGCAUGCGAUCCCCCGGACGACGACCUGUCCGCCGAGGCCGAUGACCACCGGGUGGCCCAGAUCACUCGCGCCAUUUUGGAUGCCCUGCCGGUCGCGGGGCAGCCCCUGGCGGACCUUCCGCUGGCGCAGGCCCUGACGCAGGAGCUCGCCACCGGCGCCGGCGCCGAGGCGCAUCGUCUUGCGGCCGAGGCUGGCGCCUCCAUCACCCAGUCGCUUCGGGACCUGACCGGCGCGCGGCAAGCCCUGGACGAGCUCCACCUGCUGGCGGACGCCGAGAAGGCGGCGGCCGUGGCCGCGCGCGACCCGGCCCGCCUCGACCACGACCCCCAGGGGACCGUCCACCACACGGUGGAGGGCCUGCUUCGGCCGACCGCGCGCGCCCUGCUCGACGCCAUGGAGGCCGAGCGGGCCAUGCGCGUGGCCACCAGGCUGGCCGGCCUGCGCGCCGGGCUCGGGGCCCUGCCCGGGCCGGCCCGUGACGCCGGCCUGGCCCUGCUGAGCCGCCAUGCCCUCGGGUCGCCCCGUCAGCUGGCCCUGGCGGCGGUGGCCCGCGCGGCGGACCUCCUCGGCGCCGGGCCCGUGCCGGCCGUCCCCCGGUCGCAGGUCAUCCGCCUGGUGGACGGCCACGCGGCCUGUGCCCAGGUGGCCUCCACUUUGGGCCCGAGCGCGCCGCCAACCUUGGCCGCCACGGCCCGGCGCCUGCAGCAGGAGUUCCUCGCCACCGCGUGCAUCGUGCUGACCUGUGCCAUCCUCCGGUCGGCGGCGGCCGAAUUUGACUGGCCCCGGCCGCCCGGCAUGACCGACCAUCCGGACCCCGGGCCCCUGGCCCCGGCGGAUCAGCUCACCUUCUCCGAGGCAUUCCUCAUUUUCCUGUCGCUCCAAUCCUCCGAGUUUGGCACCAUCCUCCCGGCGGCGGAUGCCGGACACACGGCCCCGGGGCCCGGGCUCCUCCCCCUGCGAGCCAUGGUGGCCCCCCUCGCAGCCCAGUUCACGGGGCACUUCCGACCCGCGGCGGCCGACGCCCGCCUGGCCCUUCUGAGCAAGCCCGACUGGGCGUGUGCGUACAUUUUGUCGCUCUACCAGCGGCACUCGGCCCGGGUGGCCGACAUGUGCCAGGUCCUGGUGGAUGCCUUCCUUCGGGUGCAGGCUCAGGAGCGCGCCGCGCGCCAGGCCAGCGUGGCAGCGCCCUCCGGCCCGGCCAGCCUCGACGUCCUUGUGAGCAUCUUCGCCGCGCGGCUGCUGGUGUUCGCGGCGCGCGCACUCGAUGCCGCCGACCCGGCCGGCGGGGCGUCUGUCGCGCUAGCAGGCCUGGCGCCGGCCCUGCAGCCGGUUGCCCUGCUCGGCAGCCCGACCGCGCUAUUCACCCUCAUGACCGAGUCCCUGCUGCCGGGGGCCACGCUGGCUGAGCGCCCGGCCCCGCGGCUGCUGCUCCCCCGUGGCGCGAUCAGCCCACUCACCGGGCAGGAUUUCCUCCAGUACGACGAGCUCGACCUCCUGUCGGUGGACUUCGCCGAGUACUUUGUGGCCUGCCUUCGCCGCGGCGCGCCGGAAGACCCGGCGGAUGAAGUGGACGACGAUCCCGUGGCCGUGGGUCUGCGCCUGGAGGGCAGCCUGCCGGCGGGGCUAAGUCUGCCGGCGAGUGGCGGCCUGCACGCGGCCUUCACCAAUGCCCAUGACCGGCUGCUGGAGGUGGCCGCAUCGCCGGGCUUGCCUGCACUCCCGACCGAUGGGCCAGCCGCUGAGGACCUGAUCGACGAGCCGGCCCCCGGAUCCGGGGACCUGGCCGCCGCCUCGGCCCUGGUUGUCACGCUCAUCGGCGGCCUGGUGGCCGGGGCCGGGGCCGGGCCCGAAAGCCGGUCCUCACCGGAGCACGCGCACUUCCCGCUGGUCUGUCUCGCCCGGGCGGUCCUCCACUCCUGGGUGUAUGUCUCAGUGUCGGGCUGA